ACCUGCUGCUCUGGAGCAGAAUGGUCUGGCAUCCAAAACCAUGAGGUGAGGGUGACCCAAAUCCAACAUGGACCCCUGCCUGCAGGGGAGCUACAGUCUUCAGUCAGAGGUUCAGCUGACGUCUACUAAUGUGGCAACACUGGAAUGAACCAUCUUGAAAGCAAGUCCUGUGACCCGCAGUGACACCAGCUGAGCCUAGAGAACUUGCAUCAGAGUUUGCUGUGAAUGCCACACAAAGCCCAGUGUAUACUGAAGACCAGCUGAGACAUCCAGCGUCAUGGACUGGACUGAGAAACUACUGGAUUCUUGGACUUUCUGUUCACCACCAUCCAUUGUUGGAGUAGCUGGACAGCAGCAGCCUCGACCAGGCCCCGCCUCCGAGGAGGCCCCGCCCUCGAGGAAACGGAAGUGGGGUUCCGGAAGCCGGAAGCGGGAGAGCGCUGUGGGAUCGGAGUCGCUGGGGGCUGUGGCUAAGAGGCGGGUGGAGCCGGCGAUGGCGGAGAAGUUUGACCACCUGGAGGAGCACCUGGAGAAGUUCGUGGAGAACAUUCGGCAGCUCGGCAUCAUCGUCAGCGACUUCCAGCCCAGCAGCCAAGCGGGGCUGAGCCAGAAGCUGAACUUUAUUGUCACGGGCUUACAGGACAUAGAUAAAUGCAGACAACAGCUGCAUGAUAUCACGGUGCCUCUGGAGGUUUUUGAAUACAUUGAUCAAGGUCGAAAUCCUCAGCUCUACACGAAAGAAUGCCUGGAGAGGGCUCUAGCUAAAAACGAGCAAGUCAAGGGCAAGAUCGACACAAUGAAGAAAUUUAAAAGCCUACUGAUUCAGGAACUUUCCAAAGUGUUUCCAGAAGACAUGGCCAAGUAUCGGAGCAUUCGGGGGGAAGAUCAUCCCCCUUCCUAAGUGUGAAGAUCCCCACAUCCUUUUAAUAACCAGACUGACCCAGUGAGAAGCUGCGCCUGCCACUGCUGCCUUCCGGCCACGGGAACUGGCCUUGCCCCUACCUCCUGUUUCCAUCGUUUGACUUUGUGGGACUCUGGGGCUAGGGGAGCAGAGCUGUGCCCAGCUGUCCCUGCAGCUCUCAGACCCUUGGUGACCCCUUCUUUCUCCAGGGGAACAGGCAGAAAGACAGCCUUGCUGAAAUGUGAAAUGUGAUCGGGAUUCUACUUGACAUUUUCUGUUUAUGAAUGCUGUUCUGUUACACUAUCCAUAAGAGAAAAACUUGGUUUUAUAUUUUACAUUUUCAGAUGUUGUGCAUAAGAACAUAACUGUUUUCAUGGGUUUCAACUAUACAUAAUAAAGUCUAAAGUUUUACACGGCU